ACACACAAUGGCAGCCAGUGGUUCAGCUGUGACGGUCCUGACUCCUAAUGGGAGAAGACAAACGGUUAAAGUUUCUCCAAACACGCCGCUAUUACAGGUGCUGGAGGAUGUCUGCAAAAAGCAUGGAUUUAACCCCGACGAUCACGGUUUGAAAUUUCAGAGGACUACUGUUGACCUCACGCUGCCAUGGAGGUUUGCCAGCCUGCCCAACAAUGCAAAACUGGAGAUGGUGACAAGUACAAGGAAACAGGCUGUAGCUGACAGCCAGGUGCGGAUUGCGCUGCAGAUGGAGGACGGCUCUCGGCUCCAGGGUUCGUUCUCCUGUGGACAGACUCUGUGGGAACUGCUCACACAUUUUCCCCAAAUCAGUGUGUCGGAGUCAGAAUCCACCCCUGUGUGUGUUUACAUGAGAGAUGAGGUGAGUGGCGAGGAAGCUCUGAAGAAGGCCACUCUGAGGUCUCUGGGUCUGACUGGAGGAAGUGCCAUUGUCAGGUUUUUACUGAAAAAGAACAAAGCGCAGGGAGAGGAAGAUGGUGGUGAACCCACUGAAACAGCUGCUAUGUCAAACACACCCGUUGCCAAGGAAACCACACCUAGCUCUUCAUCUCAGCCAGAUCCUGCUCCGUCUCAUCCGGAGACAUCAACAACAGAGGUGCCAAUUAAAAAUUCAACCCCCCAUACGCCAAUCGAAGCCCACCCUGCUCCAACUCCUGCCUCCGCCACAAGUAGCACACUUCCUGUCAAUCAGGAAGAGGUUCCAAACUCCCAGGAUGCAGUUCGGCCAAAGAUCCCUCUUGGCGAGAGAGGAAUGCCAGAGGGAGAUGGCGAGGAAGCAGGCCCAUCAGGACUGAACUCUCACCCUUCAUCCUCCUCCUCCGCUCCCUCAGCUCCUUUCAUUCCCUUCUCUGGAGGCGGUCAGCGCCUCGGGGGUCCCUGCGGAGGUGCAGCGGGACGCUCGCUGUCUUCAUCCUCAUCAUCCUCAUCUCUGUCCGCUUUCGGGGCCACAGUAGAAUCACCCAAAGCCAAGAAAGCAAAAUCCAGCCACAGUUCUAGCACCAAGCAUCAGACCACUGCCAACCAGCUAGAUGAGGACAUGGAGCAAGGGGAGAAGUACUUGGAGCCAGUAGAGAGGGAGCUUCUCGUCUACCACCUGGACUCAGUGUCCCGACGCUCUGACGACCACAGCGAUCUGCCUGACGAGUUCUUUGAAGUGACGAUGGAUGAUGUGCGCAAGCGCUUUGCCCAGCUGAAGAGCGAGAGGAAGAUGCUGGAGGAGGCUCCGCUGAUGACUAAAUCCCUGAGAGAAGCACAGAUGAAGGAAAAGAUGGAAAGAUAUCCCAAAGUGGUCCUAAGGGUCCAGUUUCCAGACAGACAUGUACUGCAAGGCUUCUUCAGGCCCCUGGAGACAGUUGGUGCUGUGAGGCAUUUCGUGAGGAGUCACCUGGAGGAUCCUAAGCUCAGUUUCUACCUGUUCAUCACCCCGCCAAAAACCAUCCUGGACGACCCCUCAGUGACACUGUUCCAGGCCGACCUGUUUCCUGGCGCUCUGGUGUACUUUGGCUCUGACGUUAAGACAGAUUUUUACAUAAAAAGGGAACUACUCAAAUCUUCUGUCUCUGCCUUGCAAGCAAAUGAGUCCAUUGCAAGCUGCAUACUGCUGUCCCCAACACCCUCCUCCAUGUCUGAGGGCUCCGAGGAGCCACUGCCUCCUCCGGAGCCGAGAGCGGACACCAGCCGGUCCACACAGGACGAGAGUGACCCUGCUGCACACACUCAGGCUGCUAAACCUACCAGAUCCGACCCGGGCAAGGUGCCCAAGUGGCUCAAGCUUCCAGGUAAGAAGUAAGACUGCUGCUGUGUGCUGAUGGGAGGACUCACCACGACAGACGUCUGACAAGCUGCGUGCAGACCGAGUAGAGCACUUAAACCUUUGCUGCGCUUUGAAAAAACUCGACUUUGUGACAGCAGCGGACUAAAUCCAUUGUUGAAGAAGCCUGCACUUGACUUGGUUUUAAAAUGGUCACAAUAAUGAGAUAAUGACUGAGGAAAUAGUGAAUAUAGCAAAUUGCCAAGAGGAUUGUUGUGUUUCAUUCCAGUUGGAGAGAGUGCUGAAGAAAACGCUUUUAUUCAGCGGGUGAAAAUGUUGUGCAAAGUGAAUAAAGAUGGUUGUACUAUAA